UUGUCUUCAUUUUCAUGUUCACUUUAAUUCCCUUCUACUCCCAACUCAUCAGAAAUUCAAGAAGACGAAAAAAUGCCACUAAAACUAGCAGUAGCUGUGUUUUUAGUGGCACUAUUAGUUGUGAAUACAGUAGCAGAGAGUCCUUACAGAUUCUAUGAGUUUAAUGUUACUUAUGGCACCAUUUCUCCUCUUGGUGUUCAACAAAAGGGAAUUCUGAUCAAUGGCCAAUUUCCUGGUCCUGACAUUUACUCUGUUACUAAUGACAAUGUUAUUAUCAACGUCUUCAACAACUUGGAUGAGCCUUUUCUUAUUUCAUGGAAUGGGAUUCAAAAUAGGAGAAACUCAUUCGAAGACGGAGUAUGGGGAACGACGUGCCCAAUACCACCAGGGAAGAAUUUCACAUACGUUUUGCAAGUGAAGGAUCAAAUAGGGAGCUUCUACUAUUUUCCUUCAACUGCAUUUCACAAAGCUGCAGGUGGUUUUGGAGGAUUCAGGAUCCUCAGCAGGCCUGGAAUUCCUGUUCCUUUCCCUGAACCUGCUGGCGAUUUCACCCUCCUUAUUGGUGACUGGUACAAGAGCAAUCACACGUACUUGAAAUCAAUUCUUGACAGAAACCACAAGUUGCCUUUUGUUGAUGGCAUUCUUAUCAAUGGUCAAGGCCGUAAUGGUGCUUCCUUCACAGUUGAGCAAGGGAAAACUUAUAGAUUGAGGAUAUGCAAUGUUGGAUUGGAACAUUCACUCAACUUCCGAAUCCAAGAUCAUAAAAUGACAUUGGUGGAAGUAGAGGGUACACACACAAUGCAAGAGAUUUAUUCCUCCCUUGAUGUUCAUGUUGGACAAUGCUACUCUGUCCUCUUCACAGCUGAUAAACCUCCUAAGGAUUAUUACAUCGUUGCUUCAAAUCGUUUCUCGUCUAUUCUUAUUGAUACCACUGCUGUACUUCACUACAGCAACUCUAACCAGCAAGUCUCCGGCUUCCCCCCUGGUGGUCCGACCAUUGAAAUUGGUUGGUCGCUUAACCAGGCACGUUCUAUCAGGACCAACUUAUCGGCUAGUGGACCAAGGCCAAACCCACAAGGAUCAUACCAUUAUGGUAUGAUCAACACAACUAGAACUAUCAGACUUGCAAACUCUGCUGGACAAGUCAAUGGAAAGCAGAGAUAUGCUGUCAACAGUGUGUCCUUUGUGCCAACCGAUACUCCGCUCAAGCUUGCUGACUACUUCAAGAUUGGAGGAUUUACUGUAGGAAACAUACCUGAUGCCCCGCCCGGUGGAGGAAUUCACCUCGAUACAUCUGUUUUGCAAACUGACUAUAGGACAUUCAUUGAGAUUGUAUUCGAGAACAAGGAGGGGAUCGUGCAGAGUUGGCAUCUUAAUGGCUAUGCUUUCUGGGUAGUAGGUAUGGACGGAGGAAAAUGGACUCCGGCUAGUAGGAACCAAUACAAUCUCCGCGAUGCAGUUUCGCGAAGCACAACUCAGGUGUAUCCCAAGUCAUGGACGGCAAUAUUAAUUGCAUUGGACAAUGUGGGAAUGUGGAACCUUAGGUCUGAGUUUUGGGCUCGACAGUAUCUUGGACAGCAGUUAUACAUGAAUGUAUACACAGAAUCAACCUCUUUGCGAGAUGUAUAUCCCAUUCCAAUAAACGCUCUUCUAUGUGGCAAAGUGGCUGGCCGGCAUAAAAGACCGCUUUAAGCUAAGCUGCAAAUCAUGAAAUCAUUCUGCUGCUAUACUUUUUCUUGCCAUCAAGCUGAGGCAAAGUGAAAAAGAGAAGAAUUUGACUUACAUUUGAUUCUUGUGUUAUGUUAUACACAGGCUCUGAGAGCAAAGUUAGGAUAAAGUAAUAGCUUAUUACUGCCCCUAUUAGUUUACCACAACUAGUUUGAAUGACCUCAACUCAAGGUCCCAUUCUUUCUUUGUUUCCACUAAACAUUGUUAUUCUGUUCUAUCUUCAUUGUUUUACUUGUCUUGAAUAACAAUAAACGAAUUGCUGUUUGUUUUCA